AUGGACGAAACCCCGAUGAGAUUCGAGUUGCCAGCCACAAGAACACUGGAGUUCACUGGAAACCGACCAGUGCCGAUUUUAUCCUGCGGAGGUGAUGAACAGAGUUUCACGGUCGUCCUAGCCAUGACAAUUUUAUCGAACGAUUUGUAGUCACGUUUGCCUCAUUUCGUGAGAGCGAGGUUAGGAAUUUGUUCAAUUGUUUCUGACAACAAUCAUUUCAAGCACGUGCUUUUUAGCACGUUCGCUCUUUGCUCCCUUGGAAACACUCGUUAGAAAGUCGUCUUUAACUGUAGUCUAAUCAGCGGUUUUUUUUUUCUACCUUAUAGGAACCAAGGAGUGGAUUCGGAAGAAUCUUCGAUUUACGCCUGAACACCGAGGACUUCUCAUUUAAGAUUCCUUCCGUGCCCAUUUGA